AUCGAGUUACAUGUAAACAAAAUACUAAUAAAUAAAUAUUAAAUACCUAGUAGAAAACUAGAAACCAUUAAAUAAUGUAAAGUUAUAGUUAAAUUAUUUAGUAAUCAUAAUCUAAUUAGGCACUAAGUAUUACCAAUAGUUAAGUACAUGUAAAUGUAAUAGAUAGUUCAAAAUGCUUAACUUUUAAAUUUUAAACUAGGAUUUAAUAAUCGGUUUAUUAUAUUUGGCUCUAAGGUACCUUGUUUUAAACUUAACAAGCGGUGUUCAUUAGAAGACGGUUGCAAUGUUCAGUAAAAGCUGAAUGCAUACCGUUUUUGAUUACUAUAAUGGAUACUGAGUCUCUCCGGUCUUUGCAUAGUGAGCACAGCAUCAAGUCAAAAUAUAAAACUCAUUCGCUGAAGUCUGGAAAUAAUCAUAGGUCCAACAAUUAUAAGAAUUCUACAAAAAUUGGUCGCAAAUAUUCCGAUAGUCUUAUCAAUCCCUACGAUACUACUAUGGCACCAUAUCAAACUACAGUUAUGUUAGAAGACACUAGAGAUGGACAAGAUGUUGUUGAAGUACAAAUUCUACCUCAGGAUGAAAACUGGGGAGAAAAUACUACAGCAAUAACGGGUAAUACGUCUAUACAAUCGGGAUCAAUGGAAGAAAUGGGAGCAUUAUGGCCAGAUACUGAACAAAAGAUUGGUUUUCCUAUACUGUGCCAUCGUUAUAUUGCUACUGCCCUGACUGGAAUAUUGUCAACUGUCGCUUUUCUUAGCCCUCUGGCUAUGUUAGUUUUACCAAAAUUAGGUGUUUUUAGCCCUGCUGUCACAAAUUUAAGCCCCCAGCAAAGAGAAACACUACUGAACUGUGGAGCAGAAUGUAAAGGAGUGCUAGUUUCGUUAGCAUUUAAAAUGUUUCUUUUGGCUCUUGCGGCAUGGGCAAUAUUCUUACGACCAAUGAGAGCUACAAUGCCACGUAUUUACGUCUUUAGAGCAGCUGUAUUGGCUUUAGUAUCAAUUUGUUGUGUUGCUUUCUGGCUUUUUUAUGUGGUACAAGUAACAGAAGGUGUACGUGCAACAGCAACAGGAGAAGAUUUACUUGAAUAUCGUGCAUUGGUUUCUUACGCAUCAUCCUUAUGUGAUUGUCUUCUAUGCAUUCAUUAUGUGGCUAUCGUUUUAAUGGAAAUAAGACACCUUCAACCAUCUUAUUACAUAAAAGUUGUAAGAAGUCCAGAUGGUGAGUGUCGUACCUAUUCAAUUGGUCAAUUAAGUAUUCAACGGGCUGCAGUUUGGGUAUUAGAACGAUACUAUACUGAAUUCUCAAUAUAUAAUCCAUACUUAGAGCGUUUGCCCGUUUCAAAAUCUAAAAAGAAUUCUUCAAGCUUCAAAUUUUAUGACAUUGAAGGAAUCGCUAAUAAUACACUUCAGAUAAAUCAUGCUAGAGGAACUAUGAAUGGGCACCCUAGACGACGUGAUUCGAGUCAUAACGAACGAUUUUAUGAAGAGCAUGAUUAUGAAAGAAGAGUAAAAAAGCGUAGAGCAAGACUAAUGACGGCUGCUGAAGAAGCGUUUACUCAUGUAAAACGUUCUCAUCAUGAUCCCGGUGGUGGUUCAGCCAUGGAUCCGUAUGAAGCUGCACAAGCUGUGUUCCCUACUAUUGCUCGAUCUCUUCAAAAGUAUCUGAGAGUAACAAGACAGCAACCGAGACACACAGUGGAGUCAAUUUUGUCCCAUUUAGCUUUGUGUUUAACCCAUGAUGCCUCUCCAAAAGCAUUUUUAGAACCUUAUUUAAGUGCAGCUCCUGUUUUACAGAAUGAAAAGGAACAAAAAUCAGUUCAGUCUUGGUCGUUAAUAUGUAAUGAAUUAUUGACUAGAGCACUGAAUGAUGGCACAGUCUUUCAACUCAGGCAAAACGAUUUAUCUCUUUUAUGUACAGUACAUACAUUACCUCAUUUCAGUAUCACCGAAGAAGUCAUUAACCCAAAAUCAAAUAGGUUUGUGUUGAGGCUUAACUCUGAGACUUCUGUUUAAUACGUAUUUUUUUAUCUAAAGACUAUUUUUGGUAUAAUUUUUUUGUUUUAUGAAAUUGGAAUCUUACAAAAAUGUAAAAUACAUUAUAUUUUCUAGUCUUGAAAUGAAUAUAUAAUAUAUUCCAAAGUAAUAUAAUACUUAUGAAACGUAAUGUAUUCUAUUAUAUAUUUCAUAAUAAUUCUAAUUUAUUUACAUAUGCUUAAUAUUAUAGUUGUAUAAGUAUAUACAUUUUGUUUUGUAAGUUAAUGAAUUAUUGAAAAACACAUUUUAGUGACAAAAUGUAGUCGUUGUCUCAUAUAAGUCAAAUGAUAACUAACAUUUUUAUCUAUAUUGAUAUCAAAUUGACUCUAUUUCGGAAUAAAACAGUUUUAAUUCUAUUUCUUCCUUCAUUAAAUUUAUAAUUAAAAUAUUAUUCUGACAACCGGAACUUUAUAAUGUUAUUUUUUAACAAAUUCUUGAAAAAUUGUAUUAUAAAAGACUGUUUUAAACUAAAUUGAUUUUAAUUAUACAACUUCGCAUAUUUUGUUACGCUCAAAUUCGUCGGGGCCAUACAAAAAUACUUUUUUUUUUCUUGGUAAUGAACUUGAUUGCCAUCAUGAAUUCUUGCAGCUAUGGCUUUGUGUAAUAAGGGAUUACUAUAUUAUUAUUUGUUUAGAAUUAACUGCGCCAAGUAUAUUAUUUAACAAAGUUAGACGUAUUUUUUAUUUUGUAAUGAAAUUUAAAAGUUUAUUUAUCAAAAAUGUACUCAUUUUUAAUUAUAUAAUUUAUUAGUAUUAUUAUUUUAUAAUAUAUUUUUUAUUUAUUUAAAGGGUAUUAUCUCUGUGUAAUUUUAUUUUAUAGCUUAAUUAUAAAUUAGCUUAUUAUAUUUGUUGAGGUACUUAAAAAUAUUUUCUUACCUUUUGGCUUGUUUGACACAAUAUUAUUCUAAAUUUAGACGAUAAGAAAAUGUAUUUAUAUAUUUAUAUAUUAAGCUAGAUUAUUAUUUUUUAAUUUUUUAUUUGUAGUAUCUAGUAAGUAGUAGUUAGUAGCUAACCAUUUGUAGUGCAAUUUUUUUUAUUUUUAUACUUUUUUUAUUUUAUUACAAACCAAAUAAUAAUCAUAAUGUAUUAGUAAAAACCCGUAACACGU